AUGCUCGAUCUGUACAGGAACAACGACGUCUUCGUUUCUACUGCACAACAGCGAAAAAAUUAUAACGCGCUUGGCGAAGCCCUAAACCAGUUCACAACAAUGGCGAUUGUGGAUUCAACCCGUUCUGCAGCUAAAAAAUGGUGUUUGUUUUCUGAAAAUUCUCUUUUGAUGGUUGAAAAGCAUUUGGGGAAGGCCUUUGCUACACUCACUGGUCACAAGAUUCAUGUUUCAGUUUUAGCAAGUGAUCUUCUCGUGAAAACUAUCCCUAUGCCUUUGUGUUUCAGGUUUCUUCAAUUUAAGCCCGCAUGGCCCGAACUCGUAUCCCUCUGCCUCUGGGAGGAUGCGAGUAUAAUCUUGCAGCUCGUAUUCCUGUUAACUUUAUUGCUAUGCUUUGUGAAAAACAACGUGUCCUAUUUCAGCCAAGGCAGAAUAAAGGCGAACGGAGUAGAAAAAAUCCCGACAGAUGGCAAAUACGGGCUUCCUUACAAACUCAGCGUCGUCUGUUCUGUCCUAAUGCUCGGGACUCAAGCCGUACCGUUGCUGAUGUGGCAGACGAAAACGGGACCUCAUUGCAGGUCACAUGUCUCGAUACUUUCAUCCAGGAUCAUGCAAGUGGUAUCAUGGUCGAUAGCUUUAGUUGUACUGUACUCAAUUCGAAACAGGAGGAGUAUCAAGUUUCCAUGCAUUUUGAGAUUCUGGUGGAGUUUUACUUUUUUGUUAUCCCUCGCUCGUGCUUUGCUCGAUGCACAUUGGAUUAUGACGAAACAUAUCCGCCCCAGAUUGCAGGAAUAUUCUGACAUAAUUACCCUUUUAUUUUCUACAUGUUUGCUUGGUUUUUCUAUCCGGGGUAAAACGGGGUUGACUUUUACCAUCCCGAACGAAAUUACCCAACCGCUUCUUAACGGGAAAACCGAAAAGAGUUCAGAAGGCAAGCGAGACAACAGUCCAUAUGGAAAAGCCACUCUCGUCCAGCUCGUCACCUUUUCCUGGCUUAAUCCGCUCUUCGAAUUCGGUUUCAGAAAGCCUCUCGAUCAGGAUGAAGUCCCAGAUGUCGACAUCAAGGACUCGGCCGCUUUCCUAUCUCAAAAAUUCGACGAAUGCCUCAAAUACGUAAAAGAAAUCGACGGGACCGAAAUCCCGUCCAUUUACAAAGCAAUCUACAUUUUCGCUCGGAAAAAAGCUGCCAUUAACGCCCUUUUCGCCGUCACGAGCGCAGGAACUUCAUACGUGGGCCCUUACCUCAUCAACUACUUUGUCGAAUUUCUGAACGAGAAGAAGUUCCGGAGCUUGAGCAGCGGAUACCUUCUCGCGCUCGGUUUUCUCAGCGCGAAAAUAGUCGAGACCAUUGCACAGAGGCAGUGGAUCUUCGGUGCUCGCCAGCUGGGUCUCCGUUUGAGAGCCGCGUUGAUUUCUCAGAUUUACAAGAAAGGGCUGAUUUUGUCGAGCAAGUCUCGUCAGAGCCGAACGAGUGGCGAAAUCAUGAAUUACAUGAGCGUGGACGUGCAAAGAAUCACGGAUUUCGUGUGGUACUUAAACACGGUUUGGAUGCUGCCCGUGCAAAUCUCGUCGGCCGUUUAUGUUCUCCACAUGAAUCUUGGACGAGGAGCUUUCGUGGCACUAGCAGCGACUUUAAUGGUUAUGGCGGGAAAUAUUCCCUUGACGAGAGUUCAAAAGUGGUAUCAGAUGAGAAUCAUGGAAGCUAAGGAUAAUCGAAUGAAGUCCACCGCUGAAGUCCUUAGGAAUAUGAAGACGCUCAAGCUGCAGGCAUGGGACACGCACUAUCUCGAGAGGCUCACGGGCUUGAGGAAAACCGAGCACGGCUGGCUUUGGAAGUCGCUCAGGCUUUCGGCUCUUAGUGCGUUUAUCUUCUGGGGUGCACCGACUUUUAUCUCUGUAGUGACUUUCGGAGGGUGUUUGUUAAUGGGGAUCCCUUUAACAGCUGGUCGGGUUCUCUCGGCUUUAGCUACUUUCAGAAUGCUUCAAGACCCGAUUUUCAACCUGCCCGAUUUGCUCAACGUGAUUGCCCAGGGGAAGGUCUCGGUGGAUAGGAUCUCGACUUAUCUCCAGGAGGAUGAGAUAAAGCCGGAUGCUGUUGACUUUGUUCGGGAUGGCUGUCAAACUGGUCAAAUGGGGUUUGAUGUGGAGAUUGACGGUGGGAAAUUCAGCUGGGAUAUGGAUUUGGAGAAUCCGACACUCGACGGGAUUCGGCUGAGGGUGAAAAAAGGGAUGAAAGUGGCGAUUUGUGGAGCGGUGGGGUCCGGAAAAUCGAGCCUGCUUUCGUGCGUGCUUGGAGAGAUGAACAGGCUGGCGGGGAAGGUGAGAGUGUGUGGGUCGAAGGCUUACGUGCCUCAGUCGCCGUGGAUAUUGACUGGGAAUAUCCGGGAGAAUAUUCUUUUCGGGAGGUGUUACGAGAGUGAGAAGUACGAGAGAACCAUUGAGGCUUGUGCCCUGGUGAAGGAUUUCGAGCUGUUUGGUGCGGGGGAUUUGACGGAGAUUGGGGAGAGAGGGAUAAACAUGAGCGGGGGGCAAAAGCAGAGGAUACAGAUUGCGCGUGCCGUUUAUCAGGAUGCUGAUAUUUAUCUUCUGGACGACCCGUUUAGUGCUGUGGAUGCUCAUACGGGCACACAACUUUUUCAGGAUUGCUUGAUGGGGAUUCUCAAGGAUAAGACGAUUCUGUAUGUUACACAUCAAGUUGAGUUUCUGCCUGCAGCCGAUCUUAUUCUGGUGAUGCAAAAUGGGGAAAUCGCGCAAGCCGGCACGUUCGACGAGCUCCUGAAGCAGAACAUCGGGUUCGAGGUCUUGGUCGGGGCCCACAGCCAGGCCUUGGAAUCUGUGCUAACCGCCGAGAGCUCGAGCCGAACCACCUCAGAUCACAACAACAACUGCAGCAGCACACCAGCAGUCGAGAACGAGACAACAGACAAUGACUCGGACCCCAGCCAAGAAUUUCCCCACACCAAACAGGACUCAGAACACAACCUGCGAGUGGAGAUAACCGAGAAAGAAGGGCGGCUAGUCCAGGACGAGGAGAGAGAAAAAGGAAGCAUCGGGAAAGAAGUCUACAUGGCGUAUUUGACCACGGUCAAACGUGGUGCAUUAGUCCCGAUCAUCCUUCUCGCACAAUUGUCCUUUCAGGUUUUGCAGAUUGGUAGCAAUUACUGGAUGGCAUGGGCCUGCCCAACUGGGGAUAGCGAGCCAGUGGCUGGGAUGAAUUUUAUACUGUUGGUUUAUACACUUCUUGCAGUUGCUAGUGCCUUUUGCGUGCUGCUUAGGGCUUCAUUGGUGGCUGUAGCGGGUCUUCUCACAGCUGAAAAGCUCUUUAGUAAGAUGCUGAAUAGUGUUCUUAGGGCACCCAUGGCGUUUUUCGACUCCACACCAGCUGGAAGGAUAUUGAACAGACAAUAUUACAUACCAACUGCUAGAGAGCUCGCACGCCUAGCUGGCAUCCAAAGGGCUCCAAUCCUCCACCAUUUUGCAGAGUCGCUUUCGGGUGCUGCAACUAUUCGUGCUUUUGAUCAGCAGGAAAGGUUCAGUGACUUCAACCUAUGCCUCAUUGACAACCACUCGAGACCUUGGUUUCACAAUGUGUCGGCCAUGGAGUGGCUCUCCUUCAGGCUGAACCAGCUGUCGAAUUUCGUGUUUGCCUUCUCGCUCGUCUUGCUCGUCACUCUCCCAGAAGGAAUCAUAAAUCCAAGCAUUGCUGGGUUGGCCGUGACUUACGGUAUCAAUCUGAACGUAUUGCAAGCUUCAGUCAUAUGGAAUAUAUGCAAUGCGGAAAAUAAAAUGAUCUCGGUCGAACGCAUUCUUCAGUACUCGAACCUUGCAAGUGAAGCCCCACUCGUAAUCGAAGACAGCAGACCCCCACAAAACUGGCCCGACUUCGGAAAUAUUCGUUUCACGAAUUUGCAGAUACGAUACGCAGAGCAUUUACCGUCAGUCUUAAAGAACAUCACGUGCACAUUUCCUGGCAAGAAAAAAAUCGGUGUUGUCGGGAGGACGGGAAGUGGUAAAUCGACGCUCAUACAGGCGAUUUUCCGUAUCGUGGAGCCUCGGGAGGGCAAAAUUGUCAUUGACGAUGUCGAUAUUUGCAUGAUUGGCUUUCACGACCUGAGGUCGAGGCUCAGCAUCAUCCCACAGGACCCGACCAUGUUUGAAGGGACAGUCAGAGGAAAUCUUGACCCACUCGGGCAACACUUUGAUAUCGAGAUUUGGGAGGCGCUCGAUAAAUGUCAAUUGGGAGAUAUCGUGCGUGGAAAAGCUGAUAAGCUUGAAUCCACAGUGGUUGAGAAUGGGGAGAAUUGGAGUGUUGGCCAGAGGCAACUAUUUUGUCUCGGGAGGGCUUUACUUAAGAAGAGCACGAUUCUUGUUCUUGACGAGGCUACUGCAUCGGUUGACUCGGCAACUGAUGGAGUUAUUCAAAAGAUUAUCAAUCAGGAGUUUAAAGAUCGAACUGUAGUCACAAUAGCACACAGGAUACACACGGUUAUCGACAGUGACCUUGUCUUGGUGCUGAGUGAUGGAAGAAUAGCAGAGUACGACACGCCGGCUAAGCUAUUGGAAAGAGAGGAUUCAUUCUUCUCCAAAUUAAUCAAGGAGUACUCGAUGAGGUCACAGAGUUUCAACAGCUUACAAAAGUUGCAACACUGAGAAAUUACUUAAUAAUCCCCAGGUUAUGCGCAUAUGCCAUUUUCGAACGUUGGUUUCGAUUUGAAAAGCUUCUUAGAUAAAGUUGAUGACGAUAAGCGGGACACUUGUAGAUUCUACUAAAUCCAGAAAUAAGUCAGAUUAUCGGCUUCUUUUUGCUGAGGAAAGCAACACUUUAGAGUUUGUGAAUGCUCUUGAUUCUCAGACAUUCAGCAUAAUCUCAUAUUUUGUGAAUGGAAUAAUAGUAGUUAAUAUGAAAUAUUAAAAUUUCAUUUCCUUCGUAAUUAUGUGAUAAUGGCAUCAAUCACCUUUUAACAAUUCUUG